CUGGGGUCUCCUUCCUUUGCGGUUUCGCUUUUUCCUUGUACGUCAAAGGCGCUGGGCGGUUCAUGAAUGGACUUUUCAAGUGGGAGGGCCCCUCAAUACUGGACUUUAGUAGGCAGGGAAAAGUGGGUGUAGAGCUAGUGUUUGCAUUUUCUUCAUGUCUGUUUUGUGCCAGGCAACUGAUAUCCAGCAGCUGGGAAGCAAAGGCCGUGUACAGCGGAGGAGCAGCAGCCGGGGAAAGCUAGCCCCAGCCCCGCUAGUGACAGUGACGGAAGCCCGGGGUCUGUAGUGGAGAGAUCCGUGUUGUAGACAGGGCCAUGGGGUUCCGUAAGAAGAACAAGAGCCCACCGGUGCUAAGCCAUGAGUUUGUUAUCCAAAACCACGCGGAUAUGGUGUCGUGUUUGGCUAUGAUAAUCCUUCUCGGCCUGAUGUUUGAGGUGACUGCAAAGUUUGCCAUAAUGUUCAUCACAGUCCAGUACAAUGUAACACAAGUCUUAGAUGAAAAGCAAGAAGCAGUGAACCUUUACCAAUAUGGGCCUAAAGAUGUGGCAACCGUGUUCUUCUACCUUCUAAUCGCAGUCAUUCUUCAUGCUUUGAUACAAGAAUAUAUUCUGGAUAAAAUAAACCGGAGAUUACACUUAUCAAAAACAAAACACAGUAAGUUCAAUGAGUCUGGACAGCUGGCUGCAUUUUAUCUCUUCUCCUUCAUCUGGGGCUGCAGCAUCCUCACAGCGGAGGAUUUUGCCACAAACCCGACUUUUCUGUGGGAAGGGUACCCUCACACACGCAUGGUUUUUCAGGUCAAGUUCUUCUACAUUUGCCAAAUAGCGUACUGGCUUCAUGCACUUCCAGAGCUAUACUUUCAAAAAGUCAGAAAGGAGGACAUACCACGUCAGCUCUAUUACAUUUGCCUGUAUGUUGUCCACAUCACUGGUGCCUAUGUUCUCAACCUUCACAGACUGGGCCUGGUGCUACUUGUUCCUCAUUACCUGGUGGAGCUCUUGUUCCACGCAUCACGGCUCUUUUACUUUAGUGACGAAAACAAACAGAAAGGUUUUACUCUGUGGGCUCUUCUCUUUGUUAUCGCUCGUCUGCUCACUCUAACACUGUCAGUUCUGACAUUUGGGUUUGGACUUCCCCGGACUGAAAAUCAGGGCUUCUCUUUAGUAGAAGGAAACUUUAAUGUUCUCACCAUAAGGAUGACUUGUCUAGCAGCCAUAUGUCUGACGCAGGCCUGGAUGAUGUGGAAAUUCAUCAACUUUCAGUUGAAAAAAUGGCGAGAACAUAGCCAGAACCAAGCGUCAAAGAAGAAGACAGUGAGCCCAAAGAGCAAGCCUCCUAAGAGAGAGCCCAUACGAGGAGGCUCGGCAAACGGAGUCGUAAAGUCAGAUGAGAAAAUGUCACCACGGGCCAGAAAAGCCAAAGCUUCAUAGUCAAAGUUACAUGUGACGAUGCAUAAUUACAAAAGAUUAUUUUUAAAUCCUCUCCAAAACUAAUCGUGCACAAAGAAACAUUUCGUCCACUUUGGGCGAGACUCUUUGGGGAGUCGUCAGUGUUACUGCAUAAAAAGAUUAUUAUUCACAGCGGUCUGUGUAGGUGAGGUAUGGCAGGGCAGCAUUGGUUUUGAUGCUUUAACCAGUAGAUUUUUCUCUGCAAAGUGUCCUUGAUGUAAAACUACUAUCACCGUCAGGUACUUUCAACUGACUGAAUAAUUUGUCUUUGAUUGGACUGAAAAGUAUGUGGGCAAAACUAAUGUACAGACGAACUGUACAACUUAUGAUUCAUAAUUAAGAGCCUUAGUCAUAAACCACACACUGGGCGUUAACCCCAAACAAGGUGUGUUGUAAUAUUUGAUCGAGCUGAGAUGACAAACCUGAAUAUUAAUGAUCCUGACCUGCCAUUGUCUGAAAGAGCCUUUGAAAUCCUCACCAUGGAUGGAGGCACUUAAACUUUUAUUAUUGCUCUGGUUCUAGACAGACUGAGCCUGGCAAACUUUAUAUGAGAACUGUAUCUGUGAUGCUGUAGUGAAUGCAUACAGCUAACCCUUUAUAAUGGCAUGACUGGCACCUGAGCAAACCCAGUCUUUAUGGUAAUGUUGAUGCAUGAAGGUUUGAGGCUGAAUUUGGCUCUUACAUCCUGGUCUUGUUGCAUCUCUCACAUUCGGGACACAGAUAAACUUCUAUACUUAAACACACAAGCAUUCAGUGGCCUUUUCAAAUUGCUGCAAGAGGAUUUUGUUAUUUAUUUUACUCAUUUACAGUUUUAUUUUUUAUGCUUUGAGAACUAUAACCAGCAACACAGUGGUACAAAUGCGGUCAGUUAAAUCAAAUCAAAUCUUUAUUCAAGUGUCCUUAUAACGUCAUUUGUAACAUUUGUUAGUUUGAGUUGCCUUCUUUGUUAAAGGUACACUGUGUAACUUUUCUGCUGGAGGAUCCGCCACCUGCAUGAUGUUACUGCUUUGCCUAGAGUCUUUCACAGUAUGGCUAGUGGUAGUUUUUUAUUGCUUUCAAAAUACCUUGAAAACAUACAUUCUUGCUGUGAGUGGACUAGUCUCACCACAGAUCUGACAUGUAACUUGGCUUGAUGGUGCUGGAACUGUUGUUCCCAUGUAGAUAAGUUUAAUAUUAAAACUAAAAUUCUUGCUCAAAUAAAAGGUGCAAAAGCUCUCAAAACUAUUACUUAUCUUUAUGUAUCUGAUCCAAAUUGCACUAACCAGACUAAUUAUGCAGAAAAAGUACUAGGAAAGAAUGUAUUUACAUAUAAGACAGACUUGAUUUCAAAAUCAUGAGUUUAAUCUGCCUCUUUUAACCAAUAAAUAGCAAAAAUGCAAAUCUUCAGCAAACUCACUAACUUACCCUUUCUGCUGCUGUUCCAUAAAAAAAAAUGAUUUGUCGACUACUACAAAUUUUGGUCAGCUAAGACUAAGACUAACUAACCAAUCUGACUACAAGCUGUAAUAUACUGUGGAACAUUCCAGGCAAGGCAAUAACUAGAUAAGGAGGUGUGGACCCUCCACCAGAAAAAUUACAGAACACACCUUUAAGUGAUCAGGGGCUCUUCUCUGAAUCCGUUGCCUCCCAUUUUAAACCAUGGGAGGCCUGUUAUGUGUGAAUGUUGUAUGCUGGUAUUGUGUUUGUGUCCAAUAUGGUUUUGCCUGCUAUCACUAUAGUGUAUUAACCAACUCGGGACACUGAUUAUGACAAUGACAACAGUGUUUAUUCUAACUCAUCAGUUUUAUAUCUCAAACGUAUGUCUUGUGUGAAAGCAUGACAUGUGACAAUCGCUGACGCCCUCCCUUUGGUUGAUGGAUGUAUUCAGUUCACUUUGGCUGGCAGAGAGACAGAGUUUGUACGGAGAGGUGUGAUCUAUGGGUUACUAAAUGCUUAUGUGUAACUUGUCUAUCACUUACAAACGCCCUUGGCUGGGAGAGAUUUUUCAUUUUGCCAAAUUUGGCGCACGUCCCGUUGCUUCCACCUUUUCAAUGAUUCUGGCAUUGCUGUUGCGAGUUGUGUAUUCCUGAAUUAGUCUAUUUCUGAAGCUCUGUAUUGAUAGUUUGAUCAGAACAGAGGAGGCUGUGGUCUACAUAGGGCUAGGCGAUAUGGUGAUAAUAACUGAAUCGUGAUCUUGUUCCUGUGAUUAUCUGCUAUUUUAGUAAUAAUGUGAUUCACUAUUUCUCUGUUUGAAUGCAGUUGUCAGCUCUAACGUGAGAUACUUUUUCCUAUUCGUCAAUCUCUGUAAACCUCUGGUUAAAUCCAGCUGUCACUCACCCAAUCAUAGUGAAUUGUGAACUUUCAGAUAGAACAGAUUACUUUAUUUACCUCUUAAAGGCUAUAGGAAAAUCCAAAAUGUAUGUGAUAUAUAUAUUUUGCCAUAUACCACUCCUCUAGGUCUAGAGUAGGGAGGGAGAAGAGUAGGUGUGUGCCCUUUACAUAUGGGAUUAGAGAUUGUAGAUGCAUCAAAGCAUGAUUAUGUUGUUCUGGAGAUGUAAAAAUUAAAAAGAGAAACAUUUAGUGUAAUCUCCUGAACAAGUGCCAUUUAUUCACUGUUGUGGUUAAUUUUAUGGUCCAUUCAUAAUUUGUGCGAUACUUUAACCUCAGUCAAGACAGAUGCAACUGAGAUAAGGCUAAAACAGGAGAGCUUCAUUUUUGCUAAUACAGUAUUGCCCACCCCUAUAUGGGAUCAUGAUCUGUUGGGGUGCAGCAGUGUCACAGGAGGGAGGGUGGAGCAGGGACCCAUAAGAACCAGCCUGUUACUAAACUGUCUCAGAUAUAAAAGAAAAAAAUCCUACACUGUAUCUGUCAGAUUUUUAAGAUAUUUUUCUAAAGGGGAGAUGUACUUCACUCUUGUUGUGUAAACCUGUGAUGGUUUGUUUUGCAUCCAUGUCAAUAUGAAUUGUCUUUUUAUAAAAGAUUGAAGCUUGCUGGACUGUUAAGUGUGGGUCAACAGUGCAGUGUGAGUGUUACUUCACCUUCUUCAUUGCCUUAUUAUUAAAGGUCUAUGUUACGCAACAUUGACUCUUGUGAGCUUUAAGCCAUGUUAGAAUGUUGUUACCUCAUCAAAAACAUACCUAGUGUUAUGUUUUGUCUACGUCUCCCUCAUCUUCCACCUUAUGAUGUCAUGAAGUGGUAUUUUUCAAGUUAACAGCCUACCUUUUAAUAUUUUGGUCAGUAGACAUUUGCAAUUCCACAGCUGAAAUUAUCCAAAUGAUUCUAGUGAAGGCGUGUGGAGUAGAGAAAUACAGUGAAGCUCUUCCUGUAUUACAACAUGACAUCACAUGGUGGAACAGAGUGUUUUCAUUGUGAGAGAAGAACUCAGGGUUUGCGUGCUAAACUUGUGUGAAUGAAACAAAACACAACUGUGGGUAUGUUUUUGAUGAGGAAACGUGGAUACAACAUUAUAACAUAGAUCAGAAAAUAGCGUAAUAUGGGCCCUUUAAAUUAUUUUGGCUCAAAUAUAGUGCAGGGUAAGGCCGCUGCGUAUUCACAAGACUUCAACACUUUACUAACACUUAAAGAAUAAUUAAUUUGACAAAUAGCUGUUUUUUGUCGCUGAAUAUUGACACUGCAGCUCACAGCACUGUCAGCAGAUAUGCCACUAUUGAAGCACUGUAACUUCUCAGCUUUUGGAUACCUUUGCUUUCACUUUAAAUCACUUUUUCUUAAUUUAAAUGUAUUGAGUUUCUGGUAAAAAAUAAGCUACUGUUCACAGCAAAAACUAUUGAGUAUUGUUGACACCUGUUGUGUUGUAUGCUCUGGGUGAGUUUUCUGUGCUGCUUCAGAUCUGUUACAUUAUUUUGUCCACAUUUAUUUAUGCAAUUUAUGUUCAUUAUGUUCUUGUCACUUUUUUAUUUUAUGUUUAAAUAAAGCCUUUAUUCAUUAA